AUGAAUGGUGAUCGUGCCAAAUUGUAUGAAAAAAAACUUAAAACCGCGGAAUUUAAAUGUUUAAAACUAAUCAGUAAAAUAGAUAAUCUUAAACUAGAUAAUACAUUUGUAUCAAAGCUGGAAUUACCUCAUAAAAUACCUAGUGAAUUCAGAAGUUAUUUUAAAUAUAUUAUAGGGACUGCUGUGGUUGCCUUUAUAGGCUUUAUUCUAUCCUGGAUUUUUAAUCAGCUCUAUACUGAGAAUGACUGCAUUCUUCAACUGCCAUCGUCGUCUAAGUCUCUCUUUCGACCUCCAGAGGACUGUUCCAUGUGCAUAGACAUAAAGAACGUCACGAGAUUAUCAGAUAUCACCGCCGAGGAAUUUGAGGAGCUGUUUGCGUAUACCACUAAACCUGUCAUUGUGACCGAUGCUACGAGAGAUUGGAGGGCGAUUGAAGAGUUUAGCUAUGAUUUCUUCGCACACUUUUAUCUAAACGAGAAGAAAGGAAAGAGAAUCAAUGAUUGCUUCUAUUUUGCAUAUAAAUCUGGUUUGGAUUCUCUAGAAGAAGUGUUUACUAUGGAUGAGAAACGCGCCAACCUCUCUGGCGAACCGUGGUAUGUUGGUUGGAGCACCUGUUACGAUGAGGAGAUCAGAAAACUGAGGAGUUACUACAGCCGACCUUACUUUUUACCAAGAACGGCCGAAAGUGACAUGGUCGAUUGGAUCUUUAUGGGAGGACCUGGACAAGGGGCGCAUAUGCAUGUGGACUCAGUGCGUCACAUAUCGUGGCAGGCACAGAUUCGCGGUCGCAAGCAGUGGGAACUGGCGCCGCCACCCGAGUGUUUUUACUGGUGCGACUGGAUCACUUUUACUGUGGAGCCAGGGGAAAUACUGGUGGUGGACACAAAUCGCUGGUACCACAAGACUACAGUCCUUCCGGGAGACAUCAGCAUCACCAUUGGAGCCGAAUUUGACUGAUAUCUUUAUAUUUUAAAACCCUCUUAUAAUUGUAAUGUCCAUGUAACUUUUAUUUGCGAUAACAACUGUUACUAAAGGAAUGGAUUUCAAAAAAAAUUAAAAGGCCGGUAUCACACCCGUCUCAGCAUUACUGCAUUCCAUGAACAGUGUUGAGCACUUUAUUCUACCUACAAGUGCGCCCUUGGCCCCUUCAAAUAUCUAGCUACAUUAUUGUUUCUGCUACUUACAUAUGUAAUAUAAAACUAGCUCUUGAAUCUCUGUAUUCUGAUGAAUAUCACAUUAAAAUUCGUAGCAUGGCGGGAUUGGGAAAAGGCUUUUGCUAAAAAAGGGCACACAGAAAUCUAAAAGAAUGUUUUAAGUGUUUAAGUAUGUCUUCACAAGGCACUUUCUUUUGCGAAUUGUUGAAUCGACUCCCGAAGAGAUUUUUCCUGAGAGAUACAACCUUUAACUAUUCAAAUUAAGAGUGUACUCCUUUCUUAAAGGCCGCCUACGCACCCAUUAAUCGGUGUCCAUAGGCUACGGUGUCUGCCCUUUAUGGGCGUCCCGUACAUUUAUUUAUCCACAUAUUAUAUAUUUAAAAAAUAUUAUUAAGUGUACUACUUUUUAUAAUAAAUAUAAGAAAUGAUUCUUUAA